AUGGCUUCGCUCUGGAGAAGUUCGUCCAGAGCUAUACACGCCGCCACUGCGGGUGGAUCUAGCUUUCUCCGCGCGUUUGGCACAUCCGUGACCAGUCGUGCCAACGACGCGUCCCCAGCCACAAACAGCAAAAUCGUCGUCAUUUCCGGCCCAUCGGGAGUCGGCAAGGGCACCCUGAUCCAAAAGCUCUUCGACGCGCACCCAAACACCUUCGCAUUCACCGUAUCCCAUACAACGCGUGGGCCCCGACCUGGCGAAAUCGAUGGCAAGAAUUACUUCUUUGUUAAACGCCCCGAAUUCGCCGAUCUCAUUGCCCAAGGCGCCUUUGUUGAACACGCCACGUUCGGCGGGAAUCAAUAUGGCACAAGCCAACAGACAAUAUCGGACCAAAUAGCCAAAGGACGGAUUGUGCUCUUGGAUAUUGAAAUGCACGGCGUGAAACAGAUGAAAGCCAAUCCCAGAAUUGAUGCUCGCUAUAUCUUUAUCAGCCCGCCAAAUUUUGAGGCUCUUGCGAAACGCCUCAGAGGGCGUGGGACUGAGCAGGAUGAGGCUAUUCAGAAGAGACUUGCUCAGGCGAAGGCGGAGCUUGAUUAUGCCCACUCGGGCGCUCAUGACAUGAUCAUUGUUAAUGAUGACCUGGAAGUGGCAUGCAAGGAGCUAGAGGAUUUCAUAUUUCCAACCAGCAACUGA